AUGACGUCAGUAAGGCGAGACUUCUCCUUCAACAAAACUCGUGACUCCAUUGGCAGUAUUUCGACUCUGAGCUUCCAGUUACCCGCGCCGCCAGAUGCAGCCCAACGCCAGAUUCGUGGACAUCUUAUCCUGGCCCUCGAAGUUUGCACUCUCGCCUGUAUUCUGGUGGUGGUGUAUUUCGUUCCGGCGAUGAUGAUCCGUCUCUACAAAUUUAAUGGCACUAUUUCGGAAGGUACUCUGCUCUACAAAGAGUCCUUCGAGGAUAAGAGCUGGAUGGUUCACGAGUUUCCCAAAGCCGUCGAUGACAUGUUUGUUAUGCUGAAUCGGUCGAUCACACGUAUACUUAACGAGACCAGUAGGAUGGAUACUUUAAACGACGAAAGUGAGUAUGUGCAUAAUUUCCAGUUAAGUGGCAAAAUUUGAAAAAAAAACUAUUUAGACAAGUUUUUAAACAGAACCAUGGGUGACUGUGGACGCAGUCGUAAGGCCACAGCUGGACAGCAGCGGCGGAAUUGAGCGUCUUGACUUACCUAAUUUUGUCUCUGUUCAGGCCGUUCACGAUUAUAAACAGGUUACAUGUUUCCCCUUAGUGGCCUGUUCAUUUGCAGAUGUCCAGAGCACAUAGACUUUCAGGCCGAAAUACUGUCUGUUUGGUGUUGAUCACUCGGUCAACUCAUUUUUCUCCAACUAGCUGACUUGCGCCGCCCCCUUUAAUUAAUUUCACCUGCAAUGUCUAUUGCGUAAGUAGUUACGUAAACAUUAGUUUCGUCUCUUGACCUGAUGGUUUAUUUCGUGUAAAUAAGAAUGACGAGGAAGCCUCAAGAAGCAACAUUUACUCAUCAUAAAAUUCUCGCGCAUAUCUCAAUAAGGAGCAUGUGGUUUAAAUUUUUCUCCUCGACCUCAAUUUGUAUGCAAUCCUGUACAAUGUGUUUGGUUAUGUCUAAUAUAUCUCACUGUGCGAAUCCAAAGAAAAAGGUUCAUAAAACUUUCCAAAUCAUUCACAACACUCCCUAAAUUUACGUUUAAGUAGAUAGAUGGCAAACACUAGAUCACUGGUUAAUGUAGGAUUUGGUUUAGAUAUGCCCACGACUGUUGUGUGACGGCUUUUUCGAUAUCUUAUAACAAAUGUGUGUUACCAAGGUUAUGUUUUAUGCAUUUCAGUAAGCACGUCUUUAACAAUUUCAGAUUAGGCUUUGAGGUAUGAGAAGGCACUUUUAGAAAGAUAUUUCCCCGCCCCUCUGAACUAUGUCUCAAGCCCACUUGUAUUACUGAGAUAGUGGUAAUUCGGGCCUUUUAGGAGAGGAAACGAGGUGUAUUUAAAUAGAUAAAAGGGAAAAACUCAUAUUUGCGCUGCAUACUCUUUUUACUGCAUUAAAAGGACACUUUUCAAAAGGAUAGUUCAGGACGAUAAACAUAUCGGUUUCCACCGGCGCGUUUUAAGCAAUUUCAGAGCAUGCCUUCAGAUCAUUACUGCUUUCCCCUCAAAUUUCUGCGGGGUCCUCACAUCGAAAGAUAUCUGGCUGCUCGAUCCAUGAUUUGUCCACACUCGUCUUCCAACUAAGGACGACGGUGCUGAGGACAAUUUUGAAUAUUAUAACGAUGUUAGGAUCAAUCGGUUGAGCAGGUAGCUACUUUUUACUAGGUUGGUGUUAGGCUUCCGAAAUCAUUUGCCUGUCAGGAGGUGAAUUACACUUUACUUGCCUCAUUUACCACUCAUGCUGGGAGGCUCCUACUUUUGCACACCACGUAUACCAGAGGAUGCUAACACUGGCUACCUCUACUUGCCUCAUUUAGGACGCCGAUUCAUGGCUUUCUGGCAUGAUGCCUUCACGGUCUAUCCUCUGAUUAUAACAUUCCUCAUCAUGGCUAUCGCUCUGCAUAUCUUCAUACGCAUUCACCCUGAAUGGGCGGAAGUCGCAACUGAGGCUCCAACCUUUGGUGAAAUGAUUCUUCUGAUUGCAGCCAGUAAGUUUGCCAGUUUUCCUCAUUCGAAGAAGAUAUGCCCGCAGGAUGAAAACAUUCAAACUAAUUUGGAGGACUGAAUGACUCAAGACUUUUAACUCACUGCAUAGCACAGUUUUCGCCCACCCACUCCUUCCCCCCAUCCACGGGACCGACAUACCCAUAUGCAGCAGAAUUUUUAGUUAUAAAAAAUGAAUGAUUUUACUAUAAACAUAUCGGAGAUUAGAAAAGCAGUUACCAGAACCUCCUAAAGGUCAAACGGAGUCUACAGUUUAAAUAACGUUUCUUCGCGGGCUGCGAAAAAUAACCAUAGCUGGUGCUUGCAAACUUCUUAAAGUGGGCGGACGUUUUUUGCUUCAAGUUGGUUUUGACAGACGAGUCUUUGUCCACAUGCUUACCACAAGGAUCCCAAGUAAAGUUUUCCAUGAAUACAAUCCCACAAUUAAAUGCAGAGCGUUAAGCAAUAGCAACGUUUCGCGCCUUCAACUAGUGAAAUGUCCAUCGGGAUUUUAGCCGAUUGUGGCGCUGCCAUCUGAUAAAGUAUUUAGGCCUCCGUCGGUCUCCAGAAAUCAUCGAACAAGCUUUCUUAGGCUUUCAUAAAGGCCUAAUGAAUAGUCAGAUGCUUUGGCGGAAGGAUGACUUAAGGACGUGUAUCUAACACUGAUCUUCAUGAACUGGCGCUUGCGCCACGAGUUGUGCCUGACCACGUUGACCUGUGUUCGGGGUGGAGAGUGGGAAAAUGAACUACUGUGAGUAGGUAUUGGCUCGUUGCAGCAGCUUAAGCCACUACGACCUUCAGGCUCGGUUCCGAGUAGAAGAGGGAGAUGGACGCCAGUUGCGAGAAUAGUCUAUUUUGCACAGAAGGGGCUAGUGAGACUUGGCAGCCGGAGGGGGGCACGUGCGGAGCCGGGAGAUCGGCGUCCCGAGUGAGGACGCACGCGUCACAGCGUCCUGAACGAGUGCAAGUCUGACUCGGUCCUGAAGAUGAUUGGCCCGUUGGGAAGCUGUGAGCGGGCGCAAGCUAGGCUGUAAUUGGUGCUCACGCGCAAGCAUGCGCGAGGCGCAGCGCUGCGACAGGACCCCCCCCCCCCGUGAGGGGCCACGACAGACUAACGCGCUUGCUAGCUGAGAUGAGGUGACCCCCAUACCGUGGUUUUAGACAAACGAAAUUCACAUUUUUACCUUCACUGUUUACUCGACUAGAAAAAAAAAACACGUUUAAUGACAACUUUAGCUGUUGUCUUAUUUGAGGAAGUGGAUGAGCCUUCUGACCUAAAGUCAUAAUUAUCUUUUAUAGUGUUGUUCCAGCUGACACUGAUCUUCAACAAUGUUCGCCUGCACCGGCAGAGCAACAAGUUUCUUAAGGAACUCAGCGUUCUCUGCAGCGAUGCGCUGAGUGAUCCAAUCAGCCAAACGGAACCCCUCACCUUCUGUAUGGCUCCAGCAAAUGAUUUCUCUACCUUUCUCCUACUGUCGUUGUUUGUUAAUCUCAUGGUUAUUUAUUCAAUAAUGGAUUAUUUGGAUUCAACCUAG